AUGGCUAGACGUAAAGCUGGUCAACGAGUGGUGUUAGAUGACACUGGAGGGUUGGAGGACGAGGACAUUAUUGUGUUUGGGAAGGAAGAAAUAGAAGAAAGUCUCCAGAUCUGUGCCAAAAGUCUUAUAGGCCGGAUCUUGGCAGAUCGAUCCUUUGGAGUUGGUACAGUGGAAGGAGCAAUGAGAACGAUCUGGUCUCACCCAAAAGGGUUUAAGGUUAUGGAUUUAGGUGAUAACCUAUUCCAAUUCUUCUUUGAAAAGGAAGUGGAUCUGGUUCGCGUAGAACGCGGUGCACCAUGGCUGCUGAAAAAUUACAUUGUCAAUAUCAAAAGGUGGGAGGAGAAGGAUAUUAAUAACAAUGAUGAACUAUCUCAAGUCCCAAUUUGGGUACAACUGUGGGGGAUUCCAGAGCACUAUAAAUCAAAGGAGUUAAGGAGGAAGAUUGGAGGUACUAUGGGAGAGGUAGUGGAGGUGGAUUUUUACUCAAUGAGAGGAAGAGAAAGUAGAAUCUUAAAGGUUAAAAUUUUCAUGGAUGCUACAAAACCUUUAAGAAGAAGCCUCAGGAUUGCUAGACCUAAUAGAAACGUGAUUGAGUUAUCCGUAAAAUAUGAGCGAAUCGGGACUUUCUGCAACUAUUGUGGUCACCUCGGACAUGAAAGUAGAGGAUACAAUCAACACCUUGAAGAUUCAAUUAAGGGAGAAGUGCAAGAGGAGAAGUGGGGGAAUUGGUUAAAAGCCAAACAAGUAGGUUGGAGGGUUGAAAGUUACAAGGAGAAUGCAAAUCCUAAUAUUCCUAAGGUUGAGAUAUCUCGGAUUGAAGGCCCUAAAAAACAGACUCCAGUUAACUUGCUAAGGAGCUUUGCCAAUCUCUCAAUGCAGGAAAACAGUGGUGAAAAUGAGCAAGUGGAAAGCAAAUCGAAGGAAAAUAAUAGUGGUAAUGGGGCAUGCGAGAAGAUAAUGGCAGAUCAAAGGGAGAGGCUGUUGUUAGUGCAUAAAAAAUGUGGAGACAAAGAAGAUUUUAAUGACGGCAGAACUGAAAGUGAAGCUAAUGAAGAAAAGAGAAAGGGAGGACUAAAAGGAGUGGAGGAGGCAGUGAGCUCAGACUUCAAUAUUGGCUGA